UCUCCAUCAAUAUAAUCCUCUGCUCUCAACGACGAACAACUCUUCGCGCUCUCUGCUCGAAUUUGCCAACGCUUACUUCUCCUUAGGCUUGAUUUGAUUACGUCUUUGUUCUAAAUUUCGUUUAAUUGCUCAGAGAAUUUCAGAUCUUCUAAUCCGUUUCCUAUAUUAUCACUUUCGUGCUUUCUGUUUCUUUUUGUUUUCGGAUAUUUUUUCUUUGUGGUUUCAGGUAUGAACACAUCAUCGCACUUGAAAGCGCAGGCUCGGUUUCCACUUCAAGAACACUUUCUUCCCAGGAAAAAUUCCAAGGAAAAUCUGGACAGAUUCAUACCAAACAGAUCGGCCAUGGAUUUCGACUAUGCUCACUACGCACUCACCGAAGGAAGAAAAGGUAAAGAUCAAGAAGCAGCAGAGGUAAUCUCACCAUCAAGAGAGGCCUACAGGAAGCAACUUGCUGAGACGAUGAAUCUGAAUCACACGAGGAUCCUCGCCUUCAGGAACAAACCUCAAGCUCCAGUCCAAUUUCUCCCCAGCGACAACUCUGCUUCACUUCACCAACAACCUAAAUCCCUAAAGCCUCGCAGAUACAUUCCUCAGACUUCUGAGAGAACCUUGGAUGCACCUGACAUUGUGGAUGACUUCUACCUCAACGUGCUUGACUGGGGCUGUGCUAAUGUCUUAGCCAUAGCGUUGGGCCACACUGUUUAUCUCUGGGAUGCUUCCACUGGUUCCACAUCUGAGCUUGUUACCAUUGAUGAAGAGAAAGGACCUGUAACGAGUAUCAACUGGGCACCUGAUGGUCGUCAUGUUGCAAUCGGACUCAACAACUCUGAAGUCCAGCUUUGGGAUUCUGCAUCCAACCGUCAACUGAGGACAUUGAAGGGUGGCCACGGGUCAAGAGUUGGAUCAUUGGCAUGGAACAAUCAUAUCCUGACGACCGGAGGAAUGGAUGGGCUGAUCAUCAACAACGAUGUACGGAUCAGAUCACAUGUUGUGGAGACUUACAGGGGCCACACUCAAGAGGUUUGUGGUCUGAAGUGGUCAGGUUCUGGUCAGCAGCUAGCAAGUGGUGGCAACGAUAAUGUGGUACACAUAUGGGAUCGUUCUGUCGCGUCCUCGAACACGACCACGCAAUGGCUGCACAGGCUUGAAGAACAUACAUCUGCAGUUAAAGCCCUUGCCUGGUGCCCUUUCCAAGCGAAUUUGCUUGCAACCGGUGGCGGUGGAGGAGACAGGACGAUUAAGUUCUGGAACUCUCACACAGGGGCUUGCUUGAAUUCAGUAGACACUGGCUCCCAAGUGUGUUCUCUGUUAUGGAGCAAGAAUGAAAGAGAGUUACUUAGCUCACAUGGUUUUACACAGAAUCAGCUCACACUUUGGAAGUACCCAUCCAUGGUGAAAAUGGCUGAGCUCACUGGUCAUACAUCAAGAGUUCUAUAUAUGGCACAGAGUCCAGAUGGUUGUACCGUAGCUUCAGCAGCAGGAGACGAGACUCUGAGGUUCUGGAAUGUUUUUGGAGUACCGGAGACCACCAAAAAACCUGCUCCAAAAGCAGCCCAUGAGCCAUUUUCUCAUGUGAAUCGUAUUCGUUGAAACUGUGUAGAGUACAACAAGGAAAGCCAUUGUUGUUAAACUGUGUAAACUAUUUUCUAAUCUUUUCAGAUUCAUUCUUCAUGAACUGUAUUGACAAGUAAAGUGCGCAUUGUACAUGUGGUAGAGAGAAAGAGCCGAGAAAAAGCAAGGAUUUAGGGUUUUCUUUUUGAGAAUCAGAAAUGCUGAAAUGGCGACUCCAGUGAAGAAUAAACUGGGAAGAAGCACCAAAACGUUUCGUUUCAGUAUAAUAACAAAAAUUGC